GUCUGCACCCUGGAGCCGGACACGCCGCAUCUCCUCCCGAUACCCUCACGGUUGUUGUUUUUUUCCACCUUUCAAAUAUCGUUUAGUGGCGCUGCGGACGGAGCACGUGGGACGGGACAGCAGGGAUUUCUCUUCAUACUGUAACGUCUUUCGGAGAAAAGGAACUCUGCAAGAAAAACAGCGGUGAUGAGUUGCCAGCUGUUACUGAUGCUGACGGCGUGCGCGGUGCUGCUGGCGCUGGCGGCUUGUUCCCGUGGCGGCGCCGAGGCUCGACUCGUCAGACUCAACUCCAUCCGGACGGUGAUCCUGAGGGGGGGCCAGGCGCUGCCGGGCAACAGGAGCGCCUGGGAGCCGAGCCUGGACCUGACGCUCUACCAGUGCAUGAGCGACCUGGAGUGCAGCGAGGGGAGCUACUGCCACGCGCCGACCAAAGGCCCCGCCCACUCCCGAUGCCAGACCUGCCGCCGGAGGAAGAGGCGUUGCCAUAGGGACGGCAUGUGUUGCCCGGGCAACCGCUGCAGCGGCAAUAUCUGUGUGCCCGACAGCUUUGAGUCUCAGGGGAUCCCCGACUCGGAUGGAGGGAUGAGUCCGCUGUCCAAACUAAAGAAAGGAUGGAGGAAGAGAGGGAGGAAGGACAUCAAAAGCUCCUCCAGUAAAGGUCAGGUCGGGGAUCCGUGUCUCCGGUCCUCGGACUGCUCCGAUGCCCUUUGCUGCGCUCGCCACUUCUGGACUCGCAUCUGCAAGCCCGUGUUGCGGGAGGGACAGGUUUGCACGCGACAGCGCCGGAAGGGGAACCACGGUCUGGAGCUGUUCCAGCGCUGCCCGUGCGGCGACGGACUCGGCUGCCAAACCCUGAGAGAGCCCGAAGCCCAGCCUCAUUCUUCGUCUUCUUCGUCUUCUUCGUCUUCUUCGUCUCUGCAGGCGGCGGCCAGGUUCGCGGCGUCGUCUUCCUCGUCUCGCCACUCCUCGCCGCACACGUCGCUGCUGUCUUCGUCCGCAAAGUCUGCGUCUUCGUCGUCGCAGGCCGUGGCGAAGACGAGACUUCACGUGUGCCAGAAAAACUAA